GUCCGAUACCACCGGAAGUUUCCGGUCUCUCGCGAUAACUGCGUGCGGAGGAGCGAGAUCUGUCUUUUCCUCAAAGAUACUGGCAAGAUGGCGGACGUCGAGCAGAAAAAGAAGAGGACCUUCAGGAAAUUCACCUACAGAGGGGUAGACCUCGACCAGCUGCUGGAUAUGUCCUAUGAGCAGAUCAUGCAGCUGUACUGUGCCCGCCAACGCCGGCGUCUAAACAGGGGUCUCCGACGCAAGCAGAACUCUCUUCUGAAGCGUCUGAGAAAGGCUAAGAAAGAAGCCCCACCUAUGGAGAAACCUGAAGUCAUCAAAACCCACUUGAGGGAUAUGAUUAUUCUACCUGAGAUGGUUGGAAGCAUGGUUGGCGUGUACAACGGCAAAGCCUUCAAUCAGGUUGAAAUAAAGCCUGAGAUGAUUGGUCAUUACCUGGGAGAGUUUUCCAUCACAUACAAGCCUGUAAAACACGGCAGACCGGGUAUUGGUGCCACCCAUUCUUCUCGGUUUAUCCCACUGAAGUAAUCUGUUAAAGAUGUAAAUAAAGGAAGUUUUCCAGCUC